AUGUAUUCCUUCUCUAUCUGUCACUCUUUUAUGUGUUCAUUCUUUCUCUCCCUCCCCCUUAUGUGUCCUUUUCUAUCCGUCUCACACGAAUGUGUCCAUUCUCUAUUUAUCUCUCUUAUGAGGUCCCUUCUUUUCUCUCUUCUGUGUCACUUUCUAUCUAUCUCUUUAUGCGUCCCUUCUUUUCUCUCUCAUGUGUCCCUUCUCUCUCUUUCUAAUGUGCCCUUCAACAUCUCUCUCAUGUAUUCCUUCUCUAUCUGUCACUCUUUUUAUGUGUUCAUUCUCUUUCUCUCCCUCUCCCUUAUGUGUCCCUUUCUAUCCGUCUCACACGAAUGUGUCCAUUCUCUAUUUAUCUCUUAUGAGGUCCCUUCUUUUCUCUCUUCUGUGUCACUUCUCUAUCUAUUUCUUUAUGUCCGUCCCUUCUUUUCUCUCUCAUGUGUCCUUCUUCUCUUUCUAAUGUGCCCUUCAACAUCUCUCUCAUGUAUUCCUUCUCUAUCUGUCACUCUUUUAUGUGUUCAUUCUCUUUCUCUCCCUCCCCCUUAUGUGUCCCUUUUCUAUCCGUCUCACACGAAUGUGUCCAUUCUCUAUUUUCUCUCUCUUAUGAGGUCCCUUCAUUCUCUCUCUUCUGUGUCACUUCUCUAUCUAUCUCUUUAUGCGUCCCUUCUUUCUCUCUCUCAUGUGUCCCUUCGCUCUCUUUCUAAUGUGCCCUUCAACAUCUCUCUCAUGUAUUCCUUCUCUAUCUGUCUUUUUAUGUGUUCAUUCUCUUUCUCUCCCUCUCCCUUAUGUGUCCCUUUUCUAUCCGUCUCACACGAAUUUGUCCAUUCUAUUUAUCUCUCUUAUGAGGUCCCUUCUUUCUCUCUCUUCUGUGUCACUUCAUAUCUAUUUCUUUAUGCGUCCCUUCUUUUCUCUCUCUCAUGUGUCCCUUUCUCUCUUUCUAAUGUGCCCUUCAACAUCUCUCUCAUGUAUUCCUUCUCUAUCUGUCUUUUUAUGUGUUCAUUCUCUUUCUCUCCCCCCCCUUAUGUGUCCCUUUUCUAUCCGUCUCACACGAAUGUGUCCAUUCUCUAUUUAUCUCUUAUGAGGUCCUUCUUCUCUCUCUUCUGUGUCACUUCUCUAUCUAUCUCUUUAUGCGUCCCUUCUUUCUCUCUCUCAUGUGUCCCUUCUCUCUCUUUCUAA